AUGUCCCCGGCUUGGACUCCCAACCCUGCCCGUGCGGCCACUCCAAACCCAGGAUGGAAUUACAUGGAGAGACGGCAGACGGUAAGCAGAUGCGGCGCCGACUUUGGAGGCGCCAUCUGCGACCCAGGAUAUUGCUGCUCCAGUGCUGGAUGGUGCGGCCUGGGCUACUUGUACUGCUCUGCGCCAUCAUGUCAGAUAAACUACGGCCCGGGAUGCGACGCAAACACUCGCCCCUGCGGAAGUGACACGACGAAUGUGUCACGACCGCAGCUGGGGUCGGUCCCGUACGGAGUUGCCAUCUACCACUGCGAGGUGUAUGGAGACAUUGCUCUCACUUACGACGACGGGCCGUGGGACUAUACCUCGGAUCUGUUGGAUCUGCUCAAGAACCAUAGCGCAAAAGCUACCUUUUUCGUGACUGGCAAUAAUCUCGGCAAGGGCCAAAUCAACGAUCCCAGCCUACCCUGGCCGGGCAUUAUCAGGCGAAUGAUUGCCGAGGGCCACCAAGUUGCCAGCCACACAUGGGCUCACCAGCGACUCACUGACCUUACCCCUGACCAAGUCCGGGACCAGAUGCUCUUCAACGAGGUGGCCUUUAACGACAUCCUGGGCUACUUUCCCACAUACAUGAGGCCGCCUUACUCGGCCAGCAACGCUCAAGUUGACUCCAUCCUCGGCGAUCUCGGCUACCACGUCACGUACUUCAACCUCGACACCGAGGGCUACCUUCACGACGACCCAAACACCAUCCAGCAGAGCAAGGACAUCUGGGAUGGCGCCGUCGAAGGAGCCAACACGGCCACCACCAAGUGGCUGCAGAUCGAGCACGACCCCGUCUGGCAGUCCGUCUACAACCUCACCGGAUACAUGCUCGAGUCACUCUUCCGCAACGGCUUCCGCUCCGUCACCGUCGGCGAGUGCCUCGGCGACCCGAGUGGCAACUGGUACCGCACAGGGACAUCGGGUCCGUCUACGUGUCCGUCUACGACAUCUGGGGCCCCGACGCCGACUCCCACGGUGGGCCUGCCCAGCACUGACGGCCGCUGCGGUGUCAACUUCAACGGCACGACGUGUGUCAACCAAGGCCCGGACAGGUGCUGCUCGCCGGGCGGCUGGUGCGUGCGGCGCCGCGAACGCGACUUCAAGCACGUCGUCAAGCCUGUCCUCGAGCUCAUCAUCGGCAUCGUCACCGACGACAACAACCAGCACCACGCCCACGGCCACGCCCACUGUCGGCCCGCCCAGCACCAAUGGCCGCUGCGGCAUCAACUUCAGUGGCAUGACGUGCGUCAAUCAAGGCUCGGAUAG